AUGAGCCUGGAUCGUGAGCUUCGCCAGCUGCUCAAGGCCAAGGCCAAGGCCCAGAACAGCGGCCAGCUGCGCGAGGAGGCCGCCCUCUGCCACCAGCUGGGGGAGCUCCUGGCCAGCCAUGGCCGCUACCCUGAGGCCCUGCAGGAGCACCAGCAGGAGCUGCGGCUGCGGGAGAGUGCCGAGGACGCCCUGGGCUGCGCCGUGGCGCACAGGAAGAUCGGGGAGCGGCUGGCGGAGAUGGGGGACUACUCAGCCGCCUUGAAGCACCAGCAGCACUACCUGGAGCUGGCCUGCUCCCUGUCCAACCACACUGAGGUGCAGAGGGCCUGGGCCACUAUUGGCCGCACACACCUGGACGUCCAUGACCACAGCCAGUCGCAGGAGGCCCUGCUGCAGGCUCAGGCCGCCUUUGAGAAGAGCUUGGCUAUUGUGGAUGAGAAGCUGCAGGGGAUGUUGCCCAAGCGGGAGCUGAGUGAGAUGAGGGCCCGCCUCUACCUCAACCUGGGCCUCACCUUCGAGAGCCUGGGGCAGAGGGCCCUGUGCAACGACUACUUCAAGAAGAGCAUCUUCCUGGCCGAGCAGAACCACCUGUACGAGGACCUGUUCCGCGCCCGCUACAACCUGGGCGCCAUCCACUGGCACCAGGGGCAGCACUCGCAGGCGAUGCGCUGCCUGGAGGGGGCGCGGGAGUGCGCGCGCACCAUGCGGAAGGGGUUCAUGGAGAGCGAGUGCUGCGUCCUCCUUGCGCAGGUUCUCCAGGACCUGGGUGACUUUCUGGCUGCGAAGAGGGCGCUGAAGAAGGCCUACAGGCUGGGCUCCCAGAAGCCUUUGCAGAAGGCGGCUGUGUGCCAGACCCUCAAGUACGUGCUGGCCGUGACCCGGCUGCAGCAGCAGCUGGAGGAGUGCGAGAGCAGUGACCCUCAGAGCGCCAUGGGCAUCUGUGAGCAGCUGGGGGACCUGUUCUCCAAGGCAGGCGACUUCCCCAGGGCCGCGACGGCCUACCAGAAGCAGCUGGACUUUGCGAAGCUGCUGAAGAGGCCAGGGCCCGAGCUGGCCAUCAUCCACGUGUCCCUGGCCGCCACCCUGGGAGACAUGAAGGAUCCCCGUGGGGCUGUGCGCCACUAUGAAGAGGAGCUGAGGCUGCGUCAGGGCAACGCCCUGGAGGAGGCCAAGACCUGGCUGAACAUUGCCCUGUCCCGCGAGGACGCCGGUGACAUCUACGAGGAGCUGGCACCAUGCUUCCAGAAGGCUCUCGGCUGUGCCCAGCAGGCUCAGCGGCCCCAGUUGCAGAGGCAGAUCCUGCAGCACCUUCACACGGUGCAGCUGCGGCUGCAGCCCCAGGAGGCCCCUGGUACGGAAGCCAGGCUCCGGGCGCUGCGUGUGGACCAGGACGAGGAGGAGGAGGACGGCGAAGGGGAGGAGGACAGCGACACCCCGGAGGCCAGCGAGGUGGAGCUCUCAGACAGCGAGGGUGAGAGCCAGUCCCAGGACCUAGAGGAGGAGGAGGAGCUGCGGGGCUGCCUGAGACGGCAGCAGGUGAACAAGUGGAACCGGCGCAACGACGUGGGGGAGACGCUGCUGCACCGAGCCUGCAUCGAGGGCCAGCUGGGCCGCGUCCAGGACCUCGUGCGGCAGGGUCACCCCCUGAACCCUCGGGACCACUGUGGUUGGACACCCUUGCACGAGGCCUGCAACUACGGGCAUCUGGACAUCGUCCGCUUCCUGCUGGACCACGGGGCCGCGGUGGACGACCCGGGCGGCCAGGGCUGCGAGGGGAUCACUCCGCUGCACGAUGCUCUCACCUGCGGCCACUUUGAGGUGGCCGAGCUGCUCAUUGACCGGGGGGCGUCGGUCACCCUCCGCACCAGGAAGGGCCACAGCCCGCUGGAGACGCUGCAGCAGUGGGUGAGGCUGUACCACCGGGACCUGGACCUCGAGACACGAGCAAAGGCUGGCGCCAUGGAGAGGAGGCUCAGGGAGGCCGCCUCGGGCCGAGCUCCCCACAGCCCCCUGGCUCCCCGGAGCCUCCCGAGGGACCGUCUAUUUGACCCCGAGACCUCUCCUUCCUCGAGCCCCUGCCCAGCGCCCCUGGAGGCCUCUCAGGCCGGUGCCAGGGCCUGGGAGGCACCGGCAGCGCCGGCUGUGGCCAGGCCGCGGAGGAGCAGGCACCAGCUGGCCAGCAGCAGCAGCAGCUCGGAGGGCGAGGACAGCGUGGGCCCCUCUGGGGCCCCCCAGAAGAGGCCUCGGCACUCUGCUCCAGCACGGCGAGCCGGGGCCUGCGUGCUUGACCACGUCAACAACAGGCAGGCGGCAGCAGCUGGCCCUGCAGCCUACCGGGCGGCCAUUCGGGGCGUGGGCAGCGCCCAGAGCUGCCGCCCCAAGCCUGGCCCACCCCGGGGCCCGGGGGAGUCCGCCCCUGCCACGGCAGCGCUGAUCCCUGAGGAGGAGCAUCUAGCCGGGGACUGGCUGGAAGAGGACUUGCUGCCGCCCCAGGGCGGCCGCCCACCCCGCCCCCAGAGCGGCGGGUACAGGGCCAGGCGCAGCGCCUCGGAGUCCAGCGGGGACGAGAGUCCCGUCAGGCCCCGGGCCCAGGCCAGGCAGAGCCAGCUGCCCUGUCUCAGGGGCAGGAGUGCCGCGGUCCGAGCAGGCGGAGACGGCAGCUCCGGCACGGAGCCCCUGCAGAGCCCUCACGCCCCCAGCAGCGGGGACGCCCCCCCGGCCGGCCUUUCCUCGGGGCCGGUCCUGCCUCCUGCCAUCCGGGUUCGCGUUCGCGUUCAGGAUAACCUUUUCCUCAUCCCCGUCCCACACAGCAAGGAGGCCCACUCCGUGGCCUGGCUGGCCGAGCAGGCCGCCCAGCGCUACUACCAGGCCUGCGGGCUGCUGCCCAGGCUCACCCUUCGGAAGGAGGGGGCCCUGCUGGCCCCCCAGGAUCCCAUCCCUGAUGUGCUGCAGAGCAAUGAGGAGGUGUUGGCUGAAGUGACCUCGUGGGACCUCCCGCCGCUGACGGACCGGUACCGCAGGGCCUGCCAGAGUCUGGAACAGGGGGAGCACCCGCAGGUGCUGCAGGCCAUGGAGCACCAGAGUGUAGGCCCCUCCUUCAGCGCCUGCUCCCUGGCCCUGCGCCAGGCCCAGCUCACCCCCUUGCUUCGGGCCCUAAAGCUGCACUCUGCGCUCCGGGAGUUGCGCCUGGCCGCAAACCGGCUGGGGGACGGCUGUGCCGCCGAGCUGCUGGCCACACUGCACACUUUGCCUGGCCUGACCCUCCUCGACCUCUCUUCCAACCACCUGGGCCCGGAAGGCCUGCGCCAGCUUGCCUCCGGCCUCGUGGGACGGACCACCCUGCAGAACUUGGAGGAGCUGGACUUAAGCAUGAACCCCCUCGGGGACGGCUGCAGCCAGGCCCUGGCCUCGGUCCUGCAGGCCUGCCCUGCACUCAGCACUCUGCACCUCCGGGCCUGUGGCUUCGGCGCCAGUUUCCUCCUGAGUGACCAGGCAGCCCUGGGCCAGGCCUUCUUAGAUGCCAAGCACCUGAAGACCCUGUCCCUGUCCUACAACAUCCUGGGCACCACCGCCCUGGCCCAGACCCUGCGCAGCCUGCCCGCCCAGACCCUCCUGCACUUGGAAGUCAGCUCCGUGGUGGCCAGCAAGAGUGACUCGGGCCUGGUGGAACCCAUGGUCAGAUACCUGACCAAGGAAGGCUGUGCGCUGGCGCACUUGAACUUGUCUGCAAACCACCUGGGUGACCAGGCAGUGAGAGACCUGAGCAGAUGCCUCCCGCUUUGCCCCUCACUUGUCUCGCUGGACCUGUCUGCCAACCCCGAGAUCAGCUGUGCUGGCCUGGAGGAGCUCCUGUCUGCCCUGCAGGAGCGGCCCCAAGACCUGAGCUUCCUGGGCCUGUCCGGCUGUACAGUCCGCGGUCCCCUCGGCCCCCGCCUCUGGGACAAGAUCGCCGCGCGGCUGCGGGAGCUACAGCUGUGCAGCGGGCGGCUCUCCGGCGAGGACCGGGCCGCCCUGGGCCAGCUGCUGUCCGGACAGCCGGACCCCGCCUGCACCCUGGACCGAGGCUCCCGGCUCUUCUUCCAGCGACUCUGA